CUAUGGAAACAGCCUGGCCCAGCUUUCUCUUCCUCUUUGCCCUCCUCCAGCUGGGAGGUCUGAGAGGCAUUGCCCAAGAUUCCCUGGAGUGGCUGGAGGAUUUCUGUGGAGGGGAGCCGUUCUGCAGCUGGGUUUUCUGAGACUGAGGUGGCAGCCAGCUGCACCUGAAGAGUAAGGAUGGCAAUGAACAAGGGCCCAACCUUGAUGGAUGGAGACCUCCCUGAGCAGGAGAAUGUGCUGCAUAGAGUCUUGCAGCUGCCUGUGGUGAGCGGCACCUGUGAGUGCUUCCAGAAGACCUACAACAGCACAAAGGAAGCCCACCCCCUGGUGGCCUCCGUGUGCAAUGCCUAUGAGAAGGGUGUGCAGGGUGCCAGCAAUCUGGCUGCCUGGAGCAUGGAGCCGGUGGUCCGCCGGCUGUCCACCCAGUUCACAGCAGCCAAUGAAUUGGCCUGCAGAGGCCUGGACCACCUGGAGGAAAAGAUUCCAGCCCUUCAAUACCCUCCAGAAAAGAUCGCCUCUGAACUGAAAGGCACCAUCUCUACCCGCCUUCGAAGUGCCAGGAACAGCAUCAGUGUGCCCAUUGCAAGUACUUCGGACAAGGUCCUGGCCAGCUGCGAGCUUGCCUUGGGGAUGGCCAAAGAAACAGCAGAAUAUGCUGCCAACACCCGAGUUGGCCGACUGGCCUCUGGAGGAGCUGAUCUGGCUCUGGGUGGCAUUGAGAAGGUGGUAGAGUUCCUCCUGCCACCAACAAAGGAAGAGUCAGCCCCCGCUUCUGGACGGCAUCGUGCCCAGAAGCCUCCCAAGGUCAAACCCAGCCUCAUGAGGAGGGUCAGCACCCUGGCCAACACUCUUUCUCAACACACCAUGCAGACCACUGCCUGGGCCCUGAAGCAGGGCCAUUCUCUGGCCAUGUGGAUCCCGGGUGUGGCACCCCUGAGCAGCCUGGCCCAGUGGGGCGCAUCAGCAGCCAUGCAGGUGGUGUCCCGGCGGCGGAGUGAGGUGCGGGUGCCCUGGCUGCACAACAUAGCAGCUUCCCAGGAUGAAAGCCAUGACGACCAGACAGACACCGAGGGAGAGGAGACAGACGAGGAGGAGGAAGAAGAGGGAUCAGAGGCUGAAGAGAGCGCCAGGGAGGUAGCAGCCCUGCCCAAUCCGAGAGGCCUCCUGGGUGGUGUGGUACACACCAUGCAGAAGACUGUCCGGAACACCAUCUCAGCGGUGACAUGGGCACCUGCGGCUGUGUUGAGCACAGUGGGAAGGAUCCUGCACCUCACACCAGCCCAGGCUGUGUCCUCCACCAAAGGGAGGGCCAUGUCCCUAUCCGAUGCUCUAAAGGGUGUUACCGAUAACGUGGUAGACACUGUAGUACACUAUGUGCCGCUUCCCAGGCUGUCCCUGAUGGAGCCCGAGAGCGAAUUCAGAGACAUCGAUAACCCGCCAUCAGAGGUCGAGCGCAAGGGGUCUGGGGCAAGACCCGCCAGUCCAGAGUCCGCACAGCGCCCGGGCCAGCCUCGUGGCAGCUUGCGCAACGUGCGUGGCCUCAGCGCGCCCUCCUGCCCCGGUCUUGACGACAAGGCGGAGACAUCGCGUCCUGGCUUUCUGGCCAUGCCCCGGGAGAAGCCUGCACGCAGGGUCAGCGACAGCUUCUUCCGGCCCAGCGUCAUGGAGCCCAUCCUAGGCCGAGCACAGUACAACCAGCUGCGCAAAAAGAGCUGAGCGGCCUGCGUCCCUGCUCGCCUGGCGCCACCCCCACGGGAGGGUCGCUUCUCCCAAAGGAAACAGAAACCACACUGCUAAGUGGGUCUCUUCUUUAAGGUGGCCCCUUGGGAGCCUGAGCCACACUUCCACGGUGCUGUUGAGGCACUUCUAAAGCAUCCUUUGGGGGCCUGACCAUCACAGGCAGUUUUUAAGGGGCACCGGAGCAGCUGGCAAUUCUCAUUUCAUGGCUUUCUUUGCUUUUCUUUAACUAAAAAAGCAAUUGCUUAAUUCGAUUUCUCACUUUUUUAGCAAAACUUCUGGCCAAUGACACCUGACUGGUUCUAAAAUUCAUAUCCCUUCUCUGUGAACAUGUAUUUAUUACCAAAAAGUAGUGAGUCAGUUGACAUUUUCUUUCCUUUUUUCUGUCUCCUCCUUCCCUUCACGUCUCUCCUCCUCCCCUCUCUUCUUUCUUCCUUCUCCCAAGUAGCACAGGCUGGAUCCAUCUCCAGUGCUAAGUGAGAGGCGCACACUCUGGCCACUCCCUCUGAAUGUCAGGAAUUCUCAGGGCAUCUUCAGCACUGAGCUCUGAGACCCUCUCAUUACCUAGCUCUCAGCACACUGCUUUAAAAAAGAACAACAAGAUGCCAAAGCCUUUGAGUGUUUAUUUAGAUAGCAGCUCUAGUUUCUGAGUCUCUCUCCCCUGCACAGGUGGGCUCGGGUGUGUCCUCCAUAGUGUCAGCUUUUACUCACAGCCACACUUCCAUUGUGUCACUCUGCAUACUCACUCUCGAAUGUUGCUACUCCAGAUGCUGAAAGCCCGCAAUGGUCACCUUUAGCUAACAGUGUAUAUUAUACAGAGCAUAUAUCCAUAGCCAUCAUUCAUUCCAAAUCCUGUUUUUUGGAAAUGUCAAUAUUUGGUCAAUCUAGACAAAUUCAUAAAUACACUUGUAAUGUUCAAACAUUUCAAA